CAACUAUUACAAAAGAAACAUAUAAAUCUCCCAAGCCGAUUGAACAGAGCGGAGGGGCGCGCACGCCAACAUGUCGUCGUUGCCGGGGGACGUCCUCGCGAGUGCACGGACGACUCCGACCACCGUGGUCGACGGCGACGUCGUCUUCUCCGGCGUGGCGCUCCUCUUCGUCGCCCUCGGCCUCGCCUUCGUCCUCUACCACUACGUCACGGUCCAUCGCCUGCAAGGUGCCCGGCAACAGGGCGCCGUUGGCGCUGGCGCGGCUGCUGCUGCUUCCGGAGUCGUUCAAGGCGUUGUUGAUCAGGUGGCUCUGCGGGCGUCGUUGCCGGUGACAUUGCACAACGCGAAAGACUUGGCAGGUCAGGAGAUGGAGGAGUGCGCCGUGUGCCUCGGGGAGCUGUGGGACGGCGAGGCGGCCAGGUUCCUGCCCAAGUGCGGGCACGGCUUCCACGCCGAGUGCGUCGACCUGUGGCUGCGCUCCCACCCGACCUGCCCGCUCUGCCGGGUCGACGUCGGCAAGCCGGACGCCUUGCCGCCGCCGCUGGCUCUCCCUCCGGUGCUGCCGGAGCCGGCGAACUACGGCGGCGCCAUUCGUCUGCCGGCCAACCUGCUGUUCUUCGGAUCCUCCCAGGACGACGUGGCGACAUCUGCAAGAACCGUCGGCGGCCCGAGCUCGUCCGGUGGAACGGAGGUGGUUGUCAAUGUCAUCGAGGUCCCGGAGACGGAUUCACUGGCGUUGGCGCCGCGUGAAGGCGACGCGGCGAAGUCGCGGGGUUUGGCGAGGGUGAGGUCGAUUAGGAGGCUGUGGAGCAGAGGGAGGCGUGAGGUGGGUGCCAGUACUAGUAGUAGUACGAGUUCUUGCCACCAAGCAAGUUCUAGUACUCACGCCGAGGGCGGCACUACUGGUGUUGCCGGUGCCAAUUUCGAGCCGUAGGGACGGAAGAUUUGCUGGUCUUGUCAGGAGUUCAGGACCAUGGAUGAAUGAAGUGCAUAAACGGUACCAAGAUGUAAGGACCGUUUUGGGAGAUUUAGUCAAGGCUUCAAUUUUAGCACUCCCUUUCCUCUUUGCUGUGGAGUAGGAGUACUGGAGUACUAGCUUGCAAGCAUUGCGUACA